AAUGUGCAAUAGUUUAUGAAUGAUGAAAUGGUUUUUCAGAAUGAGCACAUGGUGUCAUUUUACCUGUACAAUUGCACUGAAAUUCUUCAACAAUGAAAUCAAGGUACUGAAGCCUCAAAUUGUUUACCCCCAAAAUUCUCAAUCAUGGAAACCCUCCGUCUUCCCUCCAGCUUAAUUAUAUCAAGAAACCCUUCACUCAACAGAACCAGAAGAAUCAAGCUCAAAGUCAACCAAAAUUUUCAAAAUAGACACGUAUUCUUAAGCUCCCUCGAUUCCACCCCUCAUUUUCCCGUCGUCAAAUGCUCCACCCACGACCACGACCACGAUCACCACCACCACCACCACCACCACGAUCACCAUCACCACGAACACGGUCCUAGCAAUGACGGGUGUUCUGUCCGGCUCACCAAGUUUCAGGAAAAUUUUUUAAGUUUUGCCAAGGCCGUCAAAUGGACCCACCUGGCUAAUUUCUUGAGGGAACAUUUGGAACUCUGCUGCUGCUCAGCUGCUCUAUUUUUAGCCGCUGCAGCUUGCCCUUACUUGAUCCCCAAGCCAGCUGUCAAGCCGCUUCAGCAAGCCUUCACUUUGAUUGCCUUCCCUCUUGUAGGGGUUUCGGCCUUGUUUGAUGCUGUAAUGGAUAUUACGGGUGGCAAAAUUAAUAUUCAUGUACUUAUGGCGCUUGCGGCAUUCGCUACGGUGUUUAUGGGGAAUGCUUUGGAAGGUGGAUUGCUUUUAUCUAUGUUCAAUUUGGCUCACAUUGCAGAGGAUUAUUUUACUGGACAGUCUAAAAUUGAUGUCAAGGAGUUAAAAGAGAACCAUCCUGAAUCUGCACUAGUGUUGGAUGUGAACAAUGGGAAGUUGCCGAGUGUCUCUGAUUUCACAUACCAUGAAGUUCGUGUGAAUGAUUUAGAAGUUGGAUCUUAUAUAUUGGUCAAAGCUGGUGAGUCGGUGCCGGUAGAUUGUGAAGUCUUCCACGGUAGAUCAACAAUUACCAUUGAGCACUUGACUGGGGAAGUCAAACCCAUUGAAAAGAAAUUUGGGGAAAACAUUCCUGGGGGAGCUCGGAAUGUUGAUGGUAUGAUGAUUGUUAAGGCAACGAAGACAUGGAAAGAGUCGAUGCUGAGCAGAAUUGUGCAAUUGACUGUAGAGGCUCAAUCGAGUAAACCAAGGCUUCAAAGAUGGCUUGACAAGUUUGGCGAGCAUUACAGUAAAGCAGUUGUAGUUCUAUCCUUUGCAGUUGCAUUAAUGGGGCCAUUGCUCUUCAAAUGGCCAUUUUUCAGUACAUCAGUUUGCAGAGGAUCAGUUUACAGGGCAUUGGGACUUAUGGUGGCCGCCUCACCAUGUGCUUUGGCUGUAGCCCCACUGGCAUAUGCUACAGCAAUUAGUGCCUGUGCAAGAAAGGGAAUCUUGCUUAAGGGUGGGCAUGUUUUGGAUGCUCUAGCAUCGUGUCAUACCAUUGCAUUCGACAAAACUGGCACAUUAACAACUGGAGAAUUUGCGUGCAAAGCAAUUGAACCAAUACAUGGACAUGAAAGCAACAGUGAGAAACAAAUAGCUUCAUGCUGUUUGCCUAGCUGUGAGGAAGAAGCUCUUGCUGUGGCUGCUGCGCUGGAGAAGGGAACUACUCACCCCAUUGGAAGAGCUGUUGUAGAUCAUAGCAUUGGAAAAGAUCUCCCUUCUGUUUCUGUUGAAAGUUUUGAAAACUUGCCUGGCAGGGGUCUUUUUGCAACAAUUUCUUGCAUUGAGGUACUGGAUUUUAUAUAACUAGAUAUCUGUUUUAAGACCACUAACUACUAGUUUGUGAUCUUGAAAGCUACUUCACUUGCAUUGAUGUAAAAAUAAGGAAA